AUGAUCUCCUCUUUAGGCUACGAAUUCCACAACACAUUCUGCGACUCGUUGGUUAACUAUGCUCCUUUAGAUUAUGGGUUAAACAAACUUCAAUAUGUUCUUGAUAUUUCCGAUUUUGUGGAAAAGGUGAAAAAUGAUGGAUUGUUUUUUGUUCAAGAAAUUUAUAUUGAACAUUUUGUUAAAACUGUUUCGAUCUACUUCCCAAAUGCUUUGAACAUUGCAACCAACAGUUAUCUGUGUACUCUUCUGUACAAGUUGGUUGUUUCAAAUCCAAAUAUGAAUGUAUGGGAAGCUAGAAUCAACAUGUUUGACAACUUCAAGAUAUGGAUCGAUGUGUACAAACUUCAUGAAAAGCUUUAG